AUGGCGCCGAAUCUUGAGUGCCGGAUGUACGAGGCCAAGUACCCGGAGGUGGAUAUGGCGGUGAUGAUCCAGGUCAAGAACAUCGCAGACAUUGGAGUCUAUGUUUCACUGCUCGAGUACAACAACAUCGAAGGCAUUAUCCCUUUUUCCGAGCUCUCUCGCCGUCGGAUCAAAAGUGUGAGCAGUUUGGUCAAGGUCGGAAGAAUCGAGCCGGUCAUGGUUUUACGUGUGGAGAAAGAUAAGGGAUACAUUGAUCUGAGCAAGCGUAGAGUCAGCGAAGAUGAUAUUAAAACUUGUGAAGAAAGGUAUAGCAAGAGCAAGCUCGUCCAUUCUAUCAUGCGCCAUGUCGCAGAGACUUUGUCUAUCGAUUUGGAGGAGUUGUAUGAGAACAUUGGUUGGCCUUUGUACAAGAAACAUGGUCAUGCUUUUGAGGCCUUCAAGAUCUUAGUGACUGAUCCUGAUUCUGUCUUGAGUUGCAAGAUACCUGGAGAAGUGAAAGAUGCACUGGUGAAGAACAUUAGGAGGAGAAUGACUCCACAGCCAAUGAAAAUCCGUGCUGAUAUCGAACUGAAAUGUUUUGAGUUUGAUGGUGUUGUUCACAUUAACGAGGCCAUGAAAAAGGCUGAAGCAGCUGGAAACGACGACUGUCCUGUUAAGGUUAAAUUGGUUGCUCCACCACUCUAUGUCCUUACUACUCAGACACUUGACAAGGACAAAGGGAUUGAAAUCCUAAACAAAGCCAUAGAAGCUUGCGCUGAGACAAUUGAGAGAUACAAAGGCAAGCUCGUUGUUAAGGAAGGAGCUAGAGCUGUGAGUGAAGGAGAUGAUAAGAUGCUGACAGAACACAUGGCUAAGCUAGGACUUGGCAAUGAAGAAAUUAGCGGCGAUGAAGAAAGCGGAGACGAAGAAGAGGAGCUUCAAAGGAAGUAG